AUGAGAACAGUUUUCAUCAGUAUUAUAAUUUUAUGUGGAAUAUUUCUUCCUGUUUGGUCUAGUUUAGGAGACCGGUCUACGAUAUACCAGAGAUGUUUAAACAAAUGCAUACAGGAUAACUGUACUGAUGUAUCUGGUGAUACAUUCAAAAGGUAUGCUGCAAAGCAACAAGAUUUCUGGUGCAUGGUGUUAAGAUGGUCUUGCAGAGAGGAAUGCUACUACCAAUGCAUGUGGUACACUGUGAGGACCUUCGAAAGAGCUGGAGAAGGAAUACCGAAGUUCUAUGGCAAGUGGCCAUUUGUUCGACUCAUGGGUGUGCAGGAGCCAGCAUCAGCAUUUGCAUCGGUCCUCAAUUUUGCCGCCAAUUAUUACAUGUUUAAGAAAUUACGCAGAGAGUUCCCGUACUCUAUGGCACAUAGAAUGCCUAUUAUUAUAUUUUAUCAAGUUUAUGCAGUGGUGUGCAUGAACGCAUGGGUUUGGUCGACGAUAUUCCACAUGCGGGACAGUCCCUUCACAGAGUUUAUGGACUAUGCAUGCGCUCUGUCUAUGGUCAUGGGACUGUUUGUUGCUUCUAUUGUCAGGGUUUGCUAUAAGAGGACCAAACUGAUGAUAUUCCUGUUACUCAUUCCUCUCUUCUACUUCGUGACGCACGUCCGCUAUCUGUAUUCUGGCUUCAUCAAUUAUGAUUAUAAUAUGAAGUUGAACAUAUUCUUCGGCGGCGCGGGCGCGGUGGUGUGGGUGUGCGCGGCGGGUGCGCAGGCGCGUGCGGGGCGCGCGUACGCGUGGCGGCUGCUCGCCUUCACGGCGCUGUCGGCGGCGGCGCUGGCGCUCGAGCUCUUCGACUUCCCGCCGCGCGCCCGCGCCUGGGACGCGCACGCGCUCUGGCACCUCGCCACGGCGCCACUGCCGCUGCUCUUCUACAAGUAUGUGAUAGACGACCUCAGGUACCUGCAGUCUAAAGAACAAGAGAAGUUCCUCCUUAAGCUGACAUGA